AUGAUGUUGUUUUUGUCCGGCCCUCUCCCCGACUGGCGCGGAUAUCCGCACACCGGCAGUGGUGCCUCUGCGCACAUGGUCAAUAAUUUAUGCCACAUUUUAAAACCAGUACUGACGAUGAGCCGAUUCAAGACAGUUUACGAAAACCUGCCGGCCCCUGUUCCGGCUGCGAUCGAGAUCAUCAGACAUAUCUUGGUCUCCCCAUGCUCUCUCUACGAGGCUCCCCUGUCGGCACCAGUGGUCGAACGUCUCCAAUGGAUCAAACCUUCCCUGGAAGACGAAAACGAAUCCUACCUCUACUUCAACAACAUGUACAAGGUCGAUGAGCACUGCCUCGAUUCGAAUGGGCUGUGCGAAAUCUUCUGCAGAGUGACGGUAUGGAAGAUGCGCAACGAGCCAGACGAGGUGGUCCCCGCGAAGGAGAAGUUGGCUCUGAUUCUUAAGCUUGAAGGAGAUCUGGCUCGCGACCAAGCUUUGAACCUCAACGAGGAUCGGACAGCCUUGAGCGGACAAAUCAGCUGGAAAUACUUCGACCUGCAGGAUCUCGUCACCCCUGGAAUAGACACCAGGCCAUGGUUCAACUCGGCAAGCGAAGCGGCCGUCCAUCGUCUGGCCCAAACGCCCCGUCUCAGUGAAAGAAGACGCUCGGGAGACGAGGGGUCAGAUUAUUGGGCGGGGUUCUCGUCCCGCUCGGACGAGUCCUCGUUGACCUCCGGCUCGGAUGGCCGCCGGGACGAUGGCCGGGACACGAUCCCGAUCGACCCAAUCCUAGUUGCGCGGAUCCGGAAUACGCCGCUGUAUCGAUCCAAGGCGCCGUCGGUGUCGUCAACGACCAAUUCCGAUCAGCAUGAUCCCGCUCUGCAUGAGGCGCCCGGGACGCCCGCUCGCGGCACCGGCCCCGUCGACCUCCGCUCAAGGAUCUCGAGGACCCCGCUCUAUAAACGCGCCCCGUCCGUCGACGAAAGUCCCCCUGAAUUGGCCCAGUCAACCACCAAAACCGACGCCGAUCUUCACAGACUGCUGGACGCCGCAAGGAUCGUCAACCUCCCGCCGCCACCUGCACCCCUCGACUCCCGCUCACACCCUCAAACUACCCUCCACCCUCCAGAAACAUCCUCCCAUCAGCCACUCCACAGCUCUCGUCCUGCUUCGUCUUCAACACAAAAAGAAAUCCAGGACAAGCUCGUCGACUCUCUAAGGGCCACCUUCCAUCUCUACCGUCUCUGUCAUGAAAACUCGGGCCCUUCGGAGGCCUCUGAACCCUCCCGUCUCUCCUCAGGCGAAUCUUUCAUCGCCUUGGCUCAUCGCGUCGUCCUUCAGGAAACCUCCUCGAGACAUCGCCCUUAA